AUGUUGUUACAACGACAGCAGUUGCAAGGUGAGUUGUGUUACAUAUUCAGCAUGUUGUUACAACGACAGCAGUUGCAAGGUGAGUUGUGUUACAUAUUCAGCAUGUUGUUACAACGACAGCAGUUGCAAGGUGAGUUGUGUUACAUAUUCAGCAUGUUGUUACAACGACAGCAGUUGCAAGGUGAGUUGUGUUACAUAUUCAGCAUGUUGUUACAACGACAGCAGUUGCAAGGUGAGUUGUGUUACAUAUUCAGCAUGUUGUUACAACGACAGCAGUUGCAAGGUGAGUUGUGUUACAUAUUCAGCAUGUUGUUACAACGACAGCAGUUGCAAGGUGAGCUGUGUUACAUAUUCAGCAUGUUGUUACAACGACAGCAGUUGCAAGGUGAGUUGUGUUACAUAUUCAGCAUGUUGUUACAACGACAGCAGUUGCAAGGUGAGUUGUGUUACAUAUUCAGCAUGUUGUUACAACUACAGCAGUUGCAAGGUGAGCUGUGUUACAUAUUCAGCAUAUUGUUACAACGACAGCAGUUGCAAGAAACGAACCUGGAUAUUGUGUACAGUGACAUCUUCAGCCUACCCAUGCCGAUGUUGUGGACAGUGAUUCUGGGAGACUGGGACAGAGCAGUGGACGAGCAGGGAGAACAGAGGAUCCCGGUCGAGAACAUAUUUGUUCACGAGAGGUUCAACAACUACAACAACGACAUCGCUUUGUUACAGCUGUCCCGGCCUGCAUGCAACCGCUCCCAGCCUCUGGUGUGCCUGGACCCUCCGUCCAGCCCUCCUCGCCUAUGUGUGGCUACAGGCUGGGGCAGAGCAUCGUCCACAGGCCCCCUAUCUUCGGUGCUGCGACAAGUCAGAGUACCCAUACUCGAUAACCAGGUGUGUCGAGAAAAGUACAGACCCGUGGUCAACAUCGAGUCAGGCCAUCUGUGCGCCGGCAGACUGGACGGCUCAGUGGGUGCUUGCGUAGGAGACUCGGGCGGCCCACUGCAGUGCAGCCGGAAAGAUGGGAGAUGGUUCCUCGCUGGCAUAACUUCUUUCGGUUUUGGCUGUGCCAAGCCUGGUUUUCCGGAUGUCUAUACUCGCCUGUCAUACUACUUACCGUGGAUACGACACCAGAUUCACAAACAUUCGUUGGCCGAGUAGAACUACAGUGUAGAACUCAUCUUGGCUGUCGUCCAUGGAUACGGUGCCAGAUGCACAAACCUUCGUUGGCCGAGUAGAAGAACACUAUGGACUUCAUGGCUACUACACUACCCACCGUGGAUACGGCGCCAGAUGUACAAACCUUCGUUGGCCGCGUAGAAGAACACUAUGGACUUCAUGGCUACUACACUACACCCCGUGGAUACGGCGCCAGAUUCAUAAACCUUCGUUGGCAGAGUAGAACGACAGUGUAGAACUCAUCUUGGCUGUCGUCCAUGGAUACGGUGCCAGAUGCACAAAACUUCGUUGGCCGAGUAGAAUAAUACUAUGGAUUUCAUGGCUACUACACUACCCACCGUGGAUACGGCGCCAGAUGCACAAACCUUUGUUGGCCGAGUAGAAGAACACUAUGGAUUUCAUGGCUACUACACUACCCACCGUGGAUACGGCGCCAGAUGUACAAAUCUUCGUUGGUCGAGUAGAAGAACACUGUGGA